AGCAGGAUACUCUCUGUGAAGGAGCAAUAGUAAUUGUUGACUUCCUAAAGAAGUUACCAUAAGCAUAGUAUGUCACAGAGGUCUCAGAUUGCAUUUGGUUAAGUGGCCUGUUUUGCAGGAUUUAACCUGGUGGCAUAAGAACCCUGCAAUAAAUCUCUCAGCCAUGAUUAGGAAUGCAGCAGGGAUUAGUGUCGGCUGAAGAGUUGAAGUCUUUCCCUCCUCCCUUGGACAGUGCCAGAUCUGAGAUAGUCUCCAAUGGUCUGAAAAAGGAUUCUACAGCAUGCCUUCGUCACUCUAGAUACAUGCUAUUAAUCUGCUUAUGAGCUUCCCCUGACCUAAGCUUCUUUUUCCAAGGCUGAUCUGACCAUGGCGGUCCUUAAAAUAAAAUUAACAAAAACUAAGAGAGACAAAUUGGCUCAGAUCCUCUGGAUCCUCAACUGGGUUUCUGUAGUGACUGGUGUCAUUCUCUUCAGCCUAGGCCUCUUUCUGAAAAUAGAAAUCAAGAAACGCAAUGAGGUGAUGGCAAAAGGGGAGAUUAACUCUGUCCCCAAUAUGCUCAUCUCAGUAGGGGUCAUAGCUUGCAUCAUCAACUUUCUUGGUGGGAAAAUCUGCUAUGACUGUUCAGACACCAACAAAUUCUCACGAUGGAGGCUAGUCAUGCUCCCUUACAUUGUGUGCACUUUCUGCUUCACUUUCUGCAUCCUGGUGGGUGCUAUCAUGUGCUACACCAUGAGGAACGAGCUGGAGGAAUCUCUAUAUCUAGGAUUGAGAGAUGCUAUUAAAUUCUAUAAGGAUACAGACAUCCCUGGACGGUGCUUCUUAAAGAAAACCAUAGACCUAUUACAAAUUGGAUUCCAGUGCUGUGGAAACAACGGCUUCAGAGACUGGUUUGAAAUUCAGUGGAUAUCCGUUCGUUAUCUUAAUAUGGCCUCCAAAGAGGUUUUGGACCGUCUGAAAAGUAAUGUUGAUGGGAAGUUCUUGGUGGAUGGAGUGCCCUUCAGCUGCUGUAAUCCAAAUUCACCACGUCCUUGUAUCCAAUACCAGCUUACAAAUAGCACCGCUCACUAUAACUAUGAUUUUCUGACAGAGGAGCUCAAUCUCUGGAUGAAGGGGUGCAGGCAGGCCCUGCUGGAUUACUACACUGAUAUUAUGUGGUCCAUUGGUCUCACAGUGCUUAUCAUCUGGUUGUUUGAGAUUUCUGUACUUAUUGGGGUCCGUUACCUGCAAACAGCAAUGAAGAAUGUUCUCCUGUUGGGUGAUCCAGAGUGUGAGUCAGAUGGCUGGUUACUGGAGAACAGCUUUGUAGAAACAGCCAAAUACAAUUUUAGCAUCAUUAAGAACCUUGGUAAAGCCAAUCAGAUUUCUACUGUCUCAGAGAUGAAUGAUCCCAAUAUGGAUGUUCAAACAGCAAACUAUGGUCCAGACAAUGUUCCAUCAAAAUCCAUCCCCACAGCCAGCUAGACAGGACAGAUUCUUUAUUAAAAACCUAAAAUUGGUUUGGUACCUUAACUGAAAUCCUGAAGUUACAAGAUUUUUCAUCAAACUGAGAACACUAACUGGGUAAUUUGACAAAUCACAGUAUUGUGGCAAGUCAAAAAGCUGAGACUCUUUGGGUUGGAUAUAAUUUUUGUAGGCUAGAGUUCCUGUCUCCCUGACUUCUUUACUCACUCCUGUGAAAGCCCUGCUUUUUAAUACUGCAUAAAAUGAUAUGACAUGGAUUAAAGGGCUUCCCCCCCCCACACUUUCUCACUGCAUUCCCACCCCACAUAUUCUUCGUAUGGUCUGAAAAACCUGAAAAUCAGAGUGGAAAUUGUAUAGCCAAGAGGAGUCAAAAAGGAUAACCUACAAAGGAGCUACUUAUUUCAGUCCUACAUUUGAAUUUUCAAUUUUUUAAAGAAGUGAAACUAUUGUCAAGUGAAGGUGCUACUACUGUAAUAUCUAAGUGAACCUACUAAAUUUUCACACCAUGGACAAAUUCCAUGUAUUUCUGAACUUCAAAAGGAAUUUAAUUAGCUAACUGCAAACUACAAUCAAGUUGAAAUGGUGGCAUGAGGAAAACGCAAGUUAAUUUUGUACAAUAUGUAUAUAUGUGGGUUUUUAAAAUCUGUUUUCAGAUAGGACUGCUCUCACACUUUAGAGGAUUUCAACUGUCCUUAAUCUUUCAAAGUCAAUGGAAGAUGCUAAAAGAAAUCCCAUUCAAUGAAAUUUUAUACAGGAAAUAAAUUGGAGGCUUAAUACUAGGACAUUAAAUGGUAAAAUUAGAGUUUUACCAACAAUAAAACAUACUAACUGAAAGCAAAUAGCACUUACCAAACAGAUAUCAUUGAAUCAUAGGGCUGGAAGAGACCUCAGGAGGUCAUUGAGUCCCACCACCUACCCAAUGCAGGACCAACUCCAACUAAAUCAUUCCAGGGCUUGGUCAAGCCGUGACUGGAGAUUCUAUGACCUCUCUGCGUAACCCAUUCCAGUGCUUCA